AUGGACGCACCGGACUGGAGCAAUUGUGCAUAUGUGAUGCUAUUGGAUGCAACUCGGAAUUUGUUGAAUGACAUCGAUUUAAUCGUGUACGACAUGGCUGGCACCACUGUUCAGGAGGGCGGCAUCGUCUACAAGACCCUUCAGUCAGCGAUGCGUGAGGAUGGCCUCUCAGUGCCAGACGAAGAAAUGCAUGCAUGGCAUGGAGCUAAAAAGGAAGCUGUGAUUGAGCACUUUGCGCUGAAGGCUGGGACGCCUCCGGAGCAAGUGACCGAGCGUGUGACGCGAAUCGGUGAGUGGUUUGUAAAUGCUAUUGAUGAUGCCUACUUUAACGAAGCUGCAGCGAUUGACCACAUUGACAUUGGCUUGUUGGGCUAUUUCAGGCAGUUGAAGGAUGCUGGCAUCAAAAUUGCCUUCGAUACUGGCUAUCCACAAAACAUUCAGCAAGGCCUCAUCAAGCGGCUUGGGUUUGACAAGAUUGCCGAUGCAUACAUUUCCUCCUACCAGGUGUCUGAAGGUCGACCCUAUCCUUACAUGAUCCAUCAUUUGAUGGAGCAAACCAAGGUCAUGAACGUGAAACGCGUUUGCAAAGUGGGCGACAGCGUGCGCGACAUCCAGGAGGGACGCAACGCUGGCUGCGGCUUGGUGGUGGGUGUCCUCAGUGGUGCUGACAGCUACCAAGAGCUGAUGGAUGCCGGGGCCCACAUGGUGUGCGACCGUGUCACUGACAUUCCUGUGCCACUGCGCCAGCCUGCUCUUGACAAGCAGGGGUUGCCAGACUUUAGCUGA